UGUGUACCUCAGGAACGACGCAAGGCCGGGGGGCUUCGGGACUGGUUAAGGCUUGUUUAAAUUCUUACGGUUUGUGUUUCCAAGAAGUCGGCGAGGGAAGUGGGAGGAGCCGGGCGGAGGAGCGUUGUGGCGGCCCUCGGGCCUCGGGCUGGGGGCUCCGACCUGGUCUGGGGGUGGGGCCGGGAGGCCACCGCCCGGGGAGGACAGGCUGGCUGCAUGACUAAUGUGGGUCUGGCAUGAGGAACUCGAAUGGUGGAGAUGCCUUUUGUCAAAGUGGACGAGAGAGCGAGAUGCCCGAGGGACAGGCCGAGCCCAGAGAGGGGCCAAGAUACGUGUUCAAGGGUCAUGGGCAUCUGGACGGUGCUCCACGCGCUCUGCACAGCUUUCGUCAAGAUCCUGUUCACCAUGGCCAGGCGCCCUCGGAGCAGCAGAGCUUGGCAUUUUGUCCUGAGUGCUGCCCGCCGAGACGCGGAUGCCCGGGCUGUGGCUCUGGCAGGGACCGCGAACUGGGGCUACGACUCUGACGGGCAGUGACUCUGACUCCGACCCCGAGUCCUCGGCCCUGCCGCCGCCCAUCCCCAGCGCCGUGCCUGUGACUGGGGAGUCCUUCUGUGACUGUGACAGCCAGAGCGAGGCCUCCUUGUGCGGCAGCCUGCACGUGGUGCACCGGGGCAAGGACAAGGACUGCCGCUGCGGCGAGGAGGACGAGCAUUUUGACUGGGUAUGGGAUGACUUGAAUAAGUCUUCGGCCACUCUGCUGAGCUGUGACAACCGGAAGGUCAACUUCCACAUGGAGUACAGCUGUGGCACCGCGGCCAUCAGGGGCACCAAGGAGCUGGGGGAGGGCCAGCACUUCUGGGAGAUCAAGAUGACCUCGCCGGUCUACGGCACUGACAUGAUGGUGGGCAUCGGCACAUCAGAUGUGGACCUGGACAAGUACCACCACACGUUCUGCAGUCUGCUUGGCAGGGAUGAGGACAGCUGGGGCCUCUCCUACACAGGGCUUCUCCACCACAAGGGUGACAAGACGAGCUUCUCCUCGAGGUUUGGCCAGGGCUCCAUCAUUGGCGUGCACCUGGACACCUGGCAUGGGACGCUCACCUUCUUUAAGAACAGGAAGUGCAUAGGCGUGGCGGCCACCAAGCUGCAGAACAAGAAGUUCUACCCGAUGGUGUGCUCCACGGCCGCCAAGAGCAGCAUGAAGGUGAUCCGCUCGUGCGCUAGCAUCACGUCCCUACAGUACCUGUGCUGCUACCGCCUGCGCCAGCUGCGGCCCGACUCCGGGGACACGCUGGAGGGGCUGCCCCUGCCGCCUGGCCUCAAGCAGGUGCUGCACCACAAGCUGGGCUGGGUCCUGAGCAUGAGCUGUGGCCGCCGCAAGCCCCCCGCGCCCUCCCCCAAGGCCACGGCCACCCCUGGCAGCCCUGAGCCCCGGCACUGCCAGAGGAAGCGCUGCCGACGGACCUAAGUUCUCUUCCAGCGAAAACUGCCUUCCUGGGGCUGAGGGGGUGUGUCCUCCAUCCCUCCUUUCGGGCCAUGCUCCAGAGGGAGGCCUUGGGCUGAGGUCUGUCUUGGUGCCUGUCCCUCUGCUCCCCAAGGCGAGGACAGGCCCGGGAGCCUGAGUGCAUCUGGCUCCCGCCUGCACCGUGUGGAAGCGGCCGCCCCGCUCUCCUGGACCGACUGUGGGCCUGGAAGGCGGCACCCAGGGGGCUGCGGCCCCGCCCAUGAGGACACCCCGUUAGAGGCGGCCCUGGAGGUUGCCGCCAGCCUUGAGUUCUUUAACUUGCUUGUGCAUGUCAUCAGCUGCUGUCCCUCCCGCCCCAGACUGAGAUGACUGUAAUAAACUUAGAUUUUGUGUAACA